GAUGGCGAAGCUGCUGCCCCUCAUCCAAUCGACUUGCUCUAACCGUGCUCGCUUCCUGCUCUGCUCUUCGCUCUUUCCACUUUGUACACCUGAUGUACCGCGACCCGUCACCGCCUGCAAACAACUCUGCGAGAAUGUAAAAAGUGAGUGCGAGUCGCAUACGGAGCUUAUGCAAUUAUGGCCCGACUUUCUCAACUGCGACACUUUACCUCAGCCGGAGAAACACGAACUUUGUAUGCAAAUUCCACAGGAGUCCGAAAAAUCGCAGGACAGUCUGCAGCCACAUCCGCCAUCACUGCAGGCGCACUACGAACAACCAUCGCAAUUUUACUGGCCCUGGUCUGUUUGGAAAAUGCCGCCACAUCUAAGCAAGUCCAUUGCGCCCACAGCAAUUUGCCCACUCAACUUCACCGCCGACCCGUUAAAUGCAGAUCUGUGUGUGCCUCAAUGCAACCGCGAUGCGUUUCAUUCAACUCAACAAAAGAAAGUCGCUGAAAGCCUCAUAUUAGGUCUCUCCGCUGUUUGCUUCGUUUUGACGUUAUUUUCGCUGGUUACUUUCUGGGCGGAACCGACACGUUUCGGGUACCCAGAACGUCCAGUGCUCUUCCUUUGUCUCUGCUACAAUCUCUUCAGUGUUUGCUACCUGGAACGCAUAGUCUUUCACAACUCUACACGUACACUAGCGGUGCUUGAGGAUCCUCUAGGCAAAGUCAGCCCACCAUGCACCAUCUCACCGCCCUGCCUGGCUUCAUACAUAACAACGAGUUACCUCAGUUUGUGCGCGGCCACUUGGUGGCUCAUAUUUGCGCUGUGUUUCUUCCUCUCCUCGCAUCAGAAAUGGUCAAGUGAGGCGCUUGAGAAGAAGUCAGGUCUAUUUCAUGUUCUUGCCUGGGUGCCACCGCUUGCUCCACCAAUCGCCGCGCUACUAAUGGAAAAGGUACGCCCCAACGAGUUGACAGGCAUGUGCACGGCUUUCGGAUUUGUGGAGGUCCCUGCCGUGGUGCUUUUGUUGCUUGGUAUCUUCUUCACUGUUCGGGCCUCCAGAUCGCUGCACGCGCUUGAGCAACAAAUGAAACCCACUUUUGGGCAUCAACGCUUUUCGCAGAUACGGAAACGCUUUCUUAUAUUUGCGCUGCUCUUCUUCAUGCCCACCAUAGCUGGCGUGAUAACAUCGUUUUUCGAGCGCUAUAUUGACUCGGUACCUGCCUGCUCUACCCACGAAGAUUGUGCUCUCCCGGAACAGCGCAAAGCCUGGACGACGCUCUUGAGAAUAUUUUUCCAGUUAGCUGGUGGCACUUUGACUGGUAUGUGGGUGUGGUCGCGAAAGACGUGCGAAUCGUACCGAAGUCGGCUGGUAACCACGCCAACUUCCUCCACAACUACAAAGUCGAUAUCUUCAUUUCCGAAGAACCAUCUGCACACGAAUGGCAAAUCUGUGAGCAGCACGCUGUAUAGCGGUAUUAACUUCCACAAUGUACCGGUGUAUAACCUGAAUCAAGCGCGAGUGUAGCGGUCAAUGGAUGUGGUUGGAGCAGCCAAUGAUCCAACACAGCAACAACAAAAGCCGAUGCAAAACAGCCGGAAUAGGGAGGGUAUAUAUACAUUGGGAUUAUAUCUGUAAGCCUUUGCAACUAAGUUGGACGCGGUUCAAACAAUCCUUAGUUUGUAGAUAAAAUUUCAGUUAGGUUGGUUGUUUAAUUUUUUAAGGCUCGAAUGUUAGUUUCUACUUUUAUAAUGUUGGUAUUUUAGGUUAUUUAAAAAAUGUUAUUUGUAAAUUCUAUUAAUACUUAGGUAUGGCUGAAGAUACGUUCUGUUAACGCUAUAUACUUUGUAUACUCUUCUCGGUCAUGAAAUUUUCGAUGAGUUAGUUUUUGUGCGAAUGCAUGUACUAAAACUCUAAACUAUUUUGAUGAAAUGUGUUAAUAGCUUUAAAAUCUCGGUAGAUAAUAUUAGAUAUAUUUAUUUAAACGUUAUAUCGUUAGAUUUAUGAGAUACAAAUAUAUGUAAAUAAAAAUCAUAAAACCGUUGGUAUUAAACAGGUCUUUAACAGGCAUAC